CGCCGGAGAGACGGCGGGGCGGCGGCGGGCCGCGGUGGUGGCCGCCCGCCGGGCGCGCGCGGGCCUGCGUGUCGUCAUAAGGCGGCGGCCAUUUUCGGGGGCGGGGGCGGGGGCGGCCCGGGCGGGCGCUCGGGGAGCGGGCGGGAGGCGGGAGGCGGGCGGGCCUGCGACGGCGCGUUGGUCGGGCGGCCUCAGCCACCCGGUAAUCGCUUUUCUUCUUGGCCUCUCGUCCGCAGAGGGAGGAGUAUGUCUGCAGAAGUCCCCGAGGCAGCCUCCGCGGAGGAGCAGAAAGAAAUGGAAGAUAAAGUGACUAGCCCAGAGAAAGCUGAAGAAGCAAAAUUAAAAGCAAGGUAUCCUCAUCUGGGACAAAAGCCUGGAGGUUCCGAUUUUUUAAGGAAACGAUUGCAGAAAGGGCAAAAAUAUUUUGAUUCUGGGGAUUACAACAUGGCUAAAGCAAAAAUGAAGAACAAGCAACUUCCUACUGCAACCCCGGAUAAGACAGAGGUCACUGGUGACCACAUUCCCACUCCACAGGACCUUCCUCAACGGAAACCAUCUCUUGUUGCUAGCAAACUGGCUGGCUGAUUAAAAAGAGCUGAACUGCAUGGAUCUUCUAAUUCCCAUGAUUUCUCCUUAAUAUGUUACUCCUCUGCUUUUUAUUUCCUUUUACUCCCUAUGUCAUUUGAGAGUGAUGGCUUUGCAGAUAGAGGUAGUGUGUGCUGCUAUUGUAAGGGAAUAUACAUGUGUAGAGUUUUGAUUAGUUUAACAGUGCACUGAUGAAAAGAACAUGUUAGAGCAACAUAAAGUAAUCUACUUGAAAAUAAUUGUAUAUAUUACCUAACUCCUAGUGUAGGGCUGGAUCCAACAAGUAACAAACAAGUUUUGCAGUUUUAAUGUUGGCUUUCUUUAAUUCAUCUUAAUUAUAGCUUUGUAUGUUACUCUUAUUUAAUAUAACCUCUACUGUUGAUUUCUUCUGGAUUUUCCUUUUGGGUUUUGUAAAACAGAAGUUUAAGACCACAAGUUAGAAGAAAGGUCACAUAUUUCAAACACAAAUAAAUGGGGCUCCAAAAGAUUUGUAUCCUGUGCUUGAACUUGAAUGGCCUUAAAUCUGUUUCAGCUUUAACAAUAGAAUUUUACUCGGGCAAUAUUUGCCCAUUCCCGUGUAACUUACGUGACUCUAUUGCUUAACAGCUGCUGUUGAAGCUAGUAUUCUUAUUCAGUUCUAUAGUGUUCAGAAUACCUUCUGUCAUUGAAGAUGUGAAUGAAGUGUGCAUGUGCAUCGACUGUUGAAUUCACUUUUGUGCCAUUUUUGUAAAUACAAUAGUUUUGCACAACCUCUCACAACUGUCUGUAUUACUUUCACAUAUUGAAGAGUAGAUAAUGUGCCAACCAGAAGCACAAGAGUUCCUACAAAAAAAACUGUAUGUCAUUAGAGCUUUUGUAUAGUAAGAAUAGUUUAUAGUCUUGGGGUUAUAGAAUACCAAACUGAAAUCUUUGCUCAGACUGCCAUAGACUUAAGCUUUUUCAUUUGUUAGUAGUACCCAUGACAUUCAGUGGCCUUGUGCAAAUAUGAUAUGUUGCUUAGGCAUAUCUUUUGUCCUAUGCAGAACGUUUCAUUUUGACUUUUAUGAAAAUUACUAUUCAUAUAAUUUAUAUAAACUUUUUUAAUGUAGAAACUUUUUACUUCCACAGUCAAUUUGGGGGACACUAGAAUAAAAUACUUUGCCUCUUGUGGCCCCUCGGUGGUUUGUUUUUUUUUUUUUUGCUUCUUUGACUCAAAUUGUGUUGGGCUGUGCGAUUCAGCCUGUUCAGAAACAUAAGUGUCUGUAUCUUCACUCUUGAAAUUUGCUUUGCUGAAUGCUGUAUUUUCUAACCCAAUAAUGACAUUUUCCUUAUAAUUUCUCAGUUGUUAAUUAACCACUCUUAAUCCUGUUAUUACUAACUGACAAUUGUUUAAAUAAAAGGAAAUUUUUAAUAAAACAAGUAUUCGAGAAGAUUGGCCCAGGAAUCUAGUCAGGAUGAGCUGAAUUUUAAGUAAAAAUAAUAAGCUAAGUGAAUUAGACUUGUGACAAUUAGAGCAAUUUACAUGAUAGGUGGAACAGAUAGUACAUAUUUAGAUAUUUUGCUUCUAUAGAUGUCAUUUUAAUAAAAUGUAAAUUUUAUUGUAUGUGUGGUUUGUCUAGUUAGUAAGAACUUUAAUUAACAGACUGCUGGGACAAAUCUACUGGUCUUUUAAGAGCUCUUCCCAUAAGUUGUGAUGCUGUAGCAUGAUGCAGAGGAUCUGUAGCCUGAGAUGAUAGUGCUUUUUUCUUCUUUGACUUGUGCGGGGCCGCCACCUCUUUUGAAUCCAGGCAUCUUUUCUGGAUCUUGGCUUCAUUAGAUACUUGCUUUCCUUUGACCCCAAAUCACCAUAGAUGGUGCGUUGAGCAUAGCACCUGCACCUAAAGGCUGCCUGGCACUCUUGAGGAAAGCUUGCUGAUUAUCUUCCUGCUCCAUCCACCCCAAAAGAAGAGAACAACAAAAUCAAUAAUGUGCUAAUUUGUUACUAAAAGGAUUGGUGGUUUUAGUUUUAGUUACUAAGUUGUGUCCAACUCUUGCAACCCCAUGGACCAUAGCCUGUCAGCCUCCUCUGUCCAUAGGAUUUUCCAGGCAAGAGUACUGGAGUGGGUUGCCAUUUCCUUCUUCAAUUAUAAGGAUUAGUUAUACAUAAAUAGAUUUGUAAUGAGAGUAAGUAAGUUAUUCAAAAGCAUGUAUAAUCACUAUAGGAUUGAUUUAAGAAUUACAAAAUACCCAAAGUAGAAUUUCUGUAGUACCUAGUGCGGUUUGGGUUUUGUUUUUAAUGACUAUUUGCAAGCUGUCACUGUUAAAUUCACACACAUCAGAUUAAUCUGAAAAACCAUGUUAUUCUUGGUUAUGGUAGGACUCCUGCUAUGGUUUGCAAUAAGUGAUGUAAUCUCUGCCUGAGUUUUAGUUUGUAAAAUAAAUACUAAUAUUAACCUACCUCAAAACUUGUUGAGGAUCUGUGAAAUACUGAGUAAGUGCCCAAAAUAAAAUAUUGUUGUCUUUUUAUUAAAAGUAAAUUUCCUCAUUAAACCAGCCUGCCUUCUGUAAAGUCACAAUGAUUGAAAUCUCAGGAUUUUCCAUCAGAAGAGACCGGUCAUGUAGGACUUGUAGGUUUAAGUAAUUGCUUAGUCUCCAUUAUUGGUGCUUGGGAUAGAGGUUAUACAUUUUUGUAUUUCUGUUUUGCUUCUUAGCUCAGUUUAUUGAAGGUAUAGUUGCAGGCUGUUUCACCAUUGCUUGAGUGAAGAUUUUUGACUAAGAUGGGCUUCAUCAAACAUUUCUAUGGUUUCAGAAUUGUGGUGUGAGAAAUGGCCAAUUUAAAUAAUUGUCCUUAUUGUAAAUGUAUGUUGGCAUAAACAAGUUGGAGAUAAAUACUUCAUAAAAACCAGCUAAAAUAAAUUUUCUGUUUCAUGUCCAGUAGCUCCUAUUUGAUAGUACAGUUCUUAGAAACAUUUCAUUUUUAAAGACUAUAUCUGAGUAAAACAAUUGUAGUUAUUGGCAUGUUGGGAUAGUAAGAAUUGUUGGAUUGUUUUGAUUAACUGGAGGGAGCAUGUUUGCAGUCUUUUUAUAAGUUACUCAAUAUUCUUAUGCUGCUCACCUAAAAAAAAAAAAAGCUUUAACUGUUCAUCAAGGCCUGUAUUUGUUCUUACUUCACUUGGAAUUUGUUCCUUGUUUUAUUUGAUGUAACAGAACUAUACCUCUAAAUGUUUAUUGAUACUUUUUACUAAAUCAGACAGGUAUUCUUUCUCAGUCCAAAUUAGUGAAGUCUCAUCAACACUGAAAUGUGAGCUCUACUUGAACUGUGCCCCACACUCUCUCUUUGGUGAUUCAGGGGCAGGUAUCCUGUAGGAAGGGCAUAUCUGAGUGGCAACAAAGUUUCUCUGGUGGCCUUUUCACAUUUCCCCAACAUUCAGACACAUUUCUUCCAUUUUCCACCUCAUUUUCCUUCAGCUCUCCCCCGUUCCCAUCCCUGCCUAUUUCUUAAGCCCCCUGAUGGCAUUCAGUAAAUGAUAUUUAGGUUUGAUGAAUUAGCAGUCCUUUGAUAUCCUCCCCAAUAUACUGCAACUAUAGACCCAUUUUAAAUUUUCUAAAACACUAUCCUCAUCUGAAAGUGACAGCUUUGAGCCACUGUCCUAAUUCUGCAAUUCAGCAUGCACUGCCAGCCUUCCCCCAUGUCCCUUCUCCCCCACCGUAUCCCUUCUCCCCCUGACACACCACACCACACCUUGUAAAAUUGGGAUCAAAGAAGUUUCAUUCUGGAAUUGAUAAUCUAAGGAUAAAAAUGCUGAUUUUAAUAACUGUUUCACUAGUUCCUGCCUUUUAAAGUAGGUAGGCCUAUGGGUUUUAUUCUGGAAAUCACUGAUGGGUCACACCAUUAAUUAUGUUUGUAUUAUGUUAUUUAUCAACUAAACAGCAUUUGAAAGAAAAAUCCAAUUCCUUUAAUAUGCCUUCAGAUCUGUUACAGCAUCUCGUAUUUGUGAUGCAAUAGGACACUUGCCUGUAUUAAAAGGGCCAAAAGUAAAUGCCUUUUUUUGUUGAACAUGUCUAUAAGAGUUGGCAGUUAAUGCUGAAAUUUGUCAAGUAGCCCUUCCAAAAUUAAACUUGUAAAAUACACGAAAAAUAAAUAUCUACCUAGUAUCUAUUGA